CCUCAUAGCCCGGGCCCUUCUCCGCAGCUCCGCGGCAUCAUGACGGUGGGCGCCCGGCUCCGAAGCAAGGUGGCGAGCGGCUUAACCGGCCGAGGGCCCUUGGGGCGAUCGCGCCGCGCCGGUGACGAGGAGACAGAAGCCAUCGUGGAGCACCUGGAGGGCGAGGACGAGGACCCGGCGAGCCCGGACUGUGAGCGCGAAGAGGGCGGACGGCGCGCGGGGACCCCGAGCGCACGCAGGGUGCACCUGGCGGCGCUGCCCGAGCGCUAUGACUCCCUGGAGGAGCCCGCGCCAGGCGACAAGCCCAAGAAGAGGUACCGGCGAAAACUGAAGAAGUACGGCAAGAAUUUCGGGAAGGCCAUCAGCAAAGGAUGCCGGUACAUUGUCAUUGGCCUGCAAGGAUUUGCCGCAGCGUAUUCUGCCCCAUUUGGAGUGGCCACCAGCGUGGUGUCCUUUGUGCGCUAACCAGAGCUUCAGGGGCAGGUGACACCAGAAUGCUUCUGCCCAGGGGACAGUGCGAAUCCACCAUUCAGACUCGGACUCAUGGGAACUCAGAAGAGGAACCCUGCUUCAUGUGCUAUUGUUGAACUGGUUGACUGUGAGGCAGGAGCUGUCCCCCCCUGCUCAUCUGUUGAGCCACUCUUGGACUUGUGUGGAUCCAGGAGUCAGUUCUGCAGAAAAUUAGGCCAAGGUCAGGUUGGAGUUAGGAUUAAUUUGCUUCCUGUGCUAGUUAUAGACUUACGGGGAUACAUGCAGGCAGGCCCAUGGCAAAUCUGGGGUCUGAGUCAUGCGGGUAGCGGGUGAAUUUUUGGGAGGAGGACACAGACCUCUAAUGUGAUGGAUGCUAGUUUCUGAAAAGGUUGGGGGGCUGACGGCACUAGCCGUGGCCUUCCUUGAUUCUUUCACUGAAAACAGGGAGGGAACUGUUUGUUUCAGAAGUCUAUCUCCCCCAUCUCUUUUCUCCACCAAGACUGUCAUCUGGGAGUUUAAUCACCAGUUUGGGAAGAAAGAAGGAAGAAAACCAUCUUUAAAGACCAUGAUGCUUUGUAACCCGUGUUCACAGCUGAGUGGUGACAACUGAAAGAAGCUCGAAAUGUAUCAUUUCCACCCAUCUACAUAAGCAUGCACCUGGCAAUGAGGGAGGGAGGUCAGGGUCAGAAGCAAACUGGGAGGCUGCAACAGGUGCUUUCAGGGCUGGAACCUGGGCCAGCGUGGUCUGGGCUAGCUGUCAUGCUCUGAGCUGUCAGGACUCCUGCAGAUGUGGCUAGCCACACCAGUUCACUGUAAUAUGUGUCUAAGGCCCCCAUUUGGUGAGAGAGAGAAAGAGAGAGAGAGAGAGACAGAGAGAGACAGAGAGAGACAGAGAGAGACAGAGAGAGACAGAGAGAGACAGAGAGAGACAGAGAGAGACGGAGACAGAGAGACAGAGACACAGAGAGAGACAGAGAGACACACACAGAGAGAGAGAGACAGAGACAGACAGAUGGAGACAGAGAGACUCUGAAUGAGAACUGACAUGUAUAUUUAGAGGAGGGACCAGUAAGUAAAAGGUAGGAAUGAAGGAAGAAAAAGGCAAAGGCCAAGAAUGACAUUGGAAAAGCAAUGGAGGUUGAGAGUUAAACGUGUAUGCUUGUGAUGGAAAUUUUCUUGUGAGGGAUGGGCUGGUUGUAUGUAGGACCAGAGGAAGCCAGGAGACCAGAGUCACCAUGGUGGUUGAGUUCACACCUCUUAGGUCUGCAUCUCACUUGGAUUCAAAGAUUAGUGUAGGCAAGAGUCCCAGGCUUGGCACACACCAAGGAUGGAUCACAGACUACCAUGGAAUGCUGGAAGAAGUGGAGAAGAAACCCUUAAAGUUGUACUGGCGUGUGUCACAACUGUUUUUAAAGUACCUCACAGAGAGGUUCCUCUUGGCAUGGCCGUUGGCCGACCCCAACAGCAGGCCAGGAUUUCAACUUUGCUUCUAGAAUAUUCAAGAUCCAGAAAAGGUUUUGGGACCACUCUGCAGGAUCCGUGCCAGUCUGUUGGCCUGAGGCUUCCUGGGGCACGCAAAGAAAGCCAUGAUAUUCAUAUCUCACACAGAGUCCAGCCAUUAGGUACUGGUGGGUGGGUAGGCCGGGAAGAUGGACAGAGAAGACAGUGGCAGUUGCCCAUGUAGACCCAGACCUGUUCUGGAAGGUCCUACUGAAUAUGCCCAGUCCCUAGAGCUGCGGGUUCACACUUGUGCAGAGUGAUGCUUGCUGGAUAGCGCUAGGAUGGGAAAUGGAAAGGCCACAUGCAGUUAGCUGGAAAGAGGCAGAAUGGGAGGAUUUUCAGAUGCUGCGGUCCAGGGAAGGGAUGAGCCUUCAACGUUGCUUCCUUCCCUGGGAGUCUCUUCCUCCCCACCUCCCAAAUUGUAAAAGCAACAAAGUAAAGCACAUCUGGCCGGGUGUCUCUCAAAGUCUGGCUAAGAAUUAACUCAAAAUGUCCAAAGUCAAGAGCUCUCAGGGGCUGUCCUGGAACUCUGCCGGGUUUGCUUCAAGGUGGACUUCAGCCCCUGGAACAUGCUGUGUGGUCACAUCCCCUGUGUGGGACUCUUGGUUCUGUGAGCCUGGUUCUUCCAGCCUGAAAACUUGGUUCCUGCUGCAGACUGCUCUUUUUUUUUUUUUCUUUUCUGGUUAUUCUCUUGGGUCCAGCAGCAGGCCCACACCCCACUGCAACUGAGCUUAGCUUUCCCAUUACUGGCUUCCAAAACCCUUCCUCUGUAUCCCUCCCUUGCCUUUGGUGUAAAUAAAAGUCCCAGCAUGUCUGAUUUUUCUUUGGA